AUGUCCCUUCGUCAAAAGCCCAGUCUCAAAGAUGAUGCCCAAGCGGCAUUUCAAGUUCUGAAGAGAGGUGGCAUUGCUAUUAUACCGAUGAACGUCGGCUAUGGAAUCACAGCGAUGGACCCGGAUGCGCUGAAUCGGAUUGUUCAGACGAAACAGCGGCAACCACACAAACGGCAUGCGAUGGUUGGCAGCUACUCUCUGCAUCGAGAUCUCCAUGUUCUUCCCUCCCAGCAAGCCGAUAUGGUCAAGUUGUUGACUAUGAGCUUGGACCUUCCUCUUGGAGUCGUUGCACCGUAUCGCUCCGAUCACCCUAUCACUCAGAAGCUGCCCCCAGAUGUAUUGGCCCAGAGCGUUGUUGAGGACAGUCUCGCAAUGUUGGUAAAUGGGGGUGCCUUGCUGGAGGAAUUGUCGCGACUUGCUACACUAGAGGCACUUCCUCUAAUGGGAUCGUCGGCCAAUAUCACGGGUAAAGGGGCCAAGACUGUCGUUGAAGACAUCGAGCCAGAGAUCCUUCAAGUGGCAGAUAUAGUCAUCGAUUACGGAAGACAGAAGUUCCACUCUCCUCGAGCCGCUUCUACUAUGAUUGAUUUCCGAACAAUUAAGAUUCUCCGAUAUGGCGCUUGUUACGACGUGGUGCAGGAUGCUCUCUGGCGAUUUUAUGGUAUCAAGGUGCCCGAUGACCCUGGAGAGUCGAGCCUUUUCGAUGGACCAGCAUAA